GUAGCCCUUUGCGCAUGCCUCAGACGCCAUAUUGGAUUUGAAUGGAAUUUUCAGUAACUGUAUUGUACUUGUAAACAUUGACAAGGAAGAGGUGAAACCUAUAAUAAUGAAUUGUUUACUGUCUGUUCGUCACCCAGGAGUCAAAGUGUUGUAGCAACUUGAUGUUUCCUACCACAUGAGAUUUGCUCGAAUGAGGAUCAAGAAGGGCCAGUCCAUUCCCAGAGAGACUGGCAUUGGUCCGACGACUCUCAGAGGUGACGAGCGUCAUGCCGUCACUCCCUAAGCCUGGAAAUCUCAAAGACCCAGAAGUCGCAGGACUCUUUUCUAACGACGAUCCGGAUAAAAUAUUCUCUGAUCUCAGAGAAAUUGGUCAUGGAAGUUUUGGUGCUGUAUACUUUGCCCGCAACAAUGUCACGAAGGAAGUUGUGGCAAUCAAAAAGAUGUCCUACAAUGGGAAGGGUUCUACUGAUAAAUGGCAAGACAUAAUCAAGGAAGUUAAAUUUCUCCGUCAGUUGUUGCAUAAAAACACUAUAGAGUAUAAAGGAUGCUUCAUCAAAGAGCACACAGCAUGGCUGGUGAUGGAAUACUGCCUGGGAUCUGCUUCAGAUAUCAUAGAAGUCCACAAGAAGCCGCUGAAGGAAGUGGAGAUCUCAGCCAUCUGCCAGGACGCGCUGGACGGACUCACCUACCUCCACAGCCAGGGCAAGAUCCACAGGGAUGUCAAGGCUGGAAACAUUUUGCUCACAGAAAAUGGCACCGUCAAACUAGCUGACUUUGGCUCUGCCUCCCUGAUCUGUCCGGCCAACUCGUUUGUGGGGACCCCGUACUGGAUGGCCCCCGAGGUGAUCCUGGCCAUGGACGAGGGACAGUACGACGGCAAGGCAGACGUCUGGUCCCUGGGGAUCACCUGCAUUGAGAUGGCCGAGCGCAAGCCUCCGCUGUUCAACAUGAACGCAAUGAGCGCCCUGUACCACAUAGCCCAGAACGACUCGCCCAGCCUAUCCGGUGGGGACUGGUCGGAUGAGUUCCGCAACUAUGUAGACGCCUGUUUAGCCAAAACCCCAAAAGACAGACCCUCGGCCACAGAAUUGUUAACGCACCCGUUUGUGCGGAAGACGAGGCGCCACGAUGUGAUACUGGAGCUGAUCCAGCGCACCAAGACGGCGGUGAAGCAGCUGGACAACCUGCAGUUCCGCCGGCUCAACAAGCUCAUCCUCAAUGGGGGCAACGAGGAGAGCCUGCUGGAGGGCAACCCGGCCUCUAUGGUUGACGAUGUGGCUCCUGACGACAACUCUUCUCAGGACGACGACAACGCGGACGGCAAGUCUGACAGUCUAGCGAGCCAGCCCAGCAGCCAGAGCAGCGUGACCAGCCUCAACAUGGCGGGCCACAGCGACGAGCCCUUCUCCUUCGCGCGGGACAGACAUUCCCCUGUCACCGUGCAAUUACAUUUACAGGGUGGAGGCGGCGGCUUUGAGUGGCCAUCUUUCACAUGUCGCAGUGCUUCCUACAGCCCUUACCUGGCUUCCAAGGCGUCCGGAGGCAGCCCCCGAGGGUUCGACGCGGCGGCCAACAACUUCGCCACCAUCCGCACCACCUCCAUCGUGCGCAAGGAGAUCAAACAGCAUGAGCGCAGCAACGACUACCGCAACUUCACCGUCUACAAGAGGCUGCGCCGCGCGCACCAGAAGGAGCUGCAGACGAUCGAAACGAGAUUCAAGUCGGAAAUGGACGAGCACAAGCAGAAGCUGGACCGCGAGUACGAGAGUCUGCGACAGCGGUUUGUCCGCGAGUUGGAGAAACUGCGAGUGCAGCAUGUGGUGGAGCUGGAGAAACAGACCAAGGGAGCCCAGGCCCAGGAGAGGAAGUUUGUGCGAGACACGCAGCAGAAUCACGACACAGAACGCAAGAGCUUGAUAGAGCAGAUGAAGAAAAACUACAAGUCUGACAAAGAGAAGAUGAAAAAGGGCCUAGAGACGAGUACUCCGAAGAAAGAACGCGAGGACGCCAUGCGCUCGUUCAAGGACACGCUGACGCGCAAGAAACGCGACGCGGAGUUCCGCCUGGAGAAACAUCAAAAAGACACUCUCGAGUUCACCCUUAGGGCUUUCAAACGGAGGAAAAUUUUGCAGUAUCAUCGGCUGGAGCAGAGGCUCUUACAGGAGGAAAUCGGCCAGCGUCGAGCACACUUGGAGUACGAGCACAGCAUGCUGCUCCGGCACCACGAGUCCACGCAGGAGUUAGAGUACAAGCAUCUGGCCACCCUGCAGAGGAUGAAGGACGAGCAGCUGAAGAAGCAGCACGAGACGGAGCGGGAAAACCAGAAGGACUACAACCAGUGCGCCGAACAGGAUCUGCGCAAGAAACACGCCAUGGAGGUGAAACAGCAGCCACGCAGCUUACGGGCGAAGGAGAUACAGAUCCGCAAACAGUUUAACGAGGCGGUGAAGACCCAGCAGCGGCAGUACAAGGCGCUGAAAGACCAAAUCUUGCAGAACACGCCAAAGAACGAGCAGAAGGCGGUGGUGAAGAAGCUCAAGGACGAGCAGGUGCGGAAGCUCUCCUCUCUAGGAGACCAGUACGAAGCUAGUAUUGCCGAGAUGCUGCAGCAACAGAACGUUCGUCUGGACGAGACCCAGAUGGCGGACGCGAACGAGCUGAGAGGGAGACUACAACAGGAGCUGGAGCUGCUCAUUGCAUAUCAGAGCAAGAUUAAGAUGCACGCCGAGGCUCAGCACCAGAGGGAGAGGGAGAUCCUGGAGGAGAGAGUGUCCAUACGACGGGCCGUGCUGGAGGAACAGAUGGAGAACCAGAGGAUGACCUUCGACAAGGAGGAGUCGGAGAAGCGCAGCCACCUCCAGGAGCGCCAGUCGCGGGAGAUGGAGACAUUUGACAUCGAGACCACGGCCAUGGGGCUCAAGGCCGCCGAGGUGGGCCAGGCCUCGCUGGAGCUGGCGGAGGACGACAUCAGCAUCCGCGGCAGCAUGCUCAGCCUCAGCGGCAGCUCCUCCACAAACUCCUUCACCUCCCACGCUCCCUUGUUAUGAUGGGUCGUUGUCAUAAACAUAUACACACACACUCUCGUACACGCGCUGACACACUCACACACACACACACACCGCACACAACACCCCUUCACCUCCCACGCUCCCUUGUUAUGAUGGGUGGUUGUCAUAAACAUAUACACACACACUCUCGUACACGCGCUGACACACUCAUUCACAC